CAACCUCCUGCUGAGUGCCAGUCAAAAAACUGCCGGAGAAGGAAAGUGAAACUUAAGGGUAGACUGGUUUCCGCCCCGGGGAAAGCCUUCUUCCGUGCAGUCUCGGGGUUUGGGAUUGAACGAGCUUUCUCGGCAAUGGUUGACACUGCUGUCUGUCUUUGGAGUCCAGAGCAUGGCAGCCCUUAAUCUCAAGAAGUUACCAAAGGCAGCAAUUCAAAAUGUUCAAGAAUAUGAAGCAUAUGAAAGAACAAUUAUAGUUUCUAAUAUUCCUGUUGGAAAUUUUAAUGAUGAAGUCAUGGCAGGUAUGCUGAAGAAUUAUUUCCAGGCGGCAAAUAAAUAUGGAGAUGUAGAAAAUGUAAUCUAUCCAACAAGAAUCAAAGGAGGUGCAUUUGUGACAUUCAAGGAAAUAAAAGAUGUUGAGAACAUCCUUAAAAAGAAGAAACACUGUCUAAUAAAGGAGGGACUACUUCCAACUUGCCUUACUGUGUCUCAUUUUAGUGAAAAUGUGAUUUAUUGCAUUUUUGUUCACCUUGAUUUAUCUGUUUUUGGAAAGGAAGUUGUUCUAAAAAAUCUGGUGACAGAACUUAAGGAGAAAAUCCCAUCCUUGGAUUUCUGUACAGUGCAACCUAAUGGAAUGGUCAUUGUUAAAGGGUCAUUUUUAGCAAUCAAGAAGCUAAAGGAAGUUCUUUUGUUAAUGGCAAAUUCUCUUCAUGGAAACAAUACAAAUUUUGUCAGUCUGAGAAAAAAGAAGAAAAAGAAAAUCUCUCCAGUAUGGAGAACACCUAUGUCAUCAUUCCAGUCUACAAUGCCAAAUACUGCUGAAAAAGAACAUAUAAUUGUCCUUGAUACAAAUGUAUUUAAUUAUAUGAAGUAUGGUAAUGAAAUAUAUGGGAAGACUUUAAAAGAAUUUAACAUUGAGAGUAAAGAGAUAGUUAAUGAUGAUAUCACCACCCUAUGCCUAAGAGGUCCUCAGACAAGUUCUCAUUCUGAUCACUUGGAAAAAGUAAAGGAAUUAAUUGAGGAAUUUUCAUAUUCUCUUUCCCUUGAGCUUCGAAAAGAAACAUUAUCUUUAGAUGGAAAAGAUAUGGAAAAGAGGCAACACAUUAGAUUGGCAUGCCAAAUGUUGGAGCCUCAGUUUCCCCAGAUUCUGGUUAAAUAUCAUUCUAAGCAUAUUGACAUCAUAGGGAAUUCUACUGAUACCUAUCAAUUUAAAAAACUUGUCAUGCAAUCUGUAGGGGGAAAAAAAGUAACUUCACCAAGUACAGUGCUACUAGAUAAAGUGUCUAAGGACUCUUAAACCUUUCCUCACAACCAAUAAUUUUUUAGGAAAAGAUAGACUUAAAUCUAUCUUUAGAAGAUCUAGAGGAUCAUCAUUAUGCUUCUGUCAAUAUCAUAAACAUGUAGAAAAAUAUGGAUUGGUUCCAAAUAAAAUUCCAACACAAAUCACGCUAGAUUGACACAACAUAUUUUAAAAUCAUAUCAUCAUUAAUAAGUAUCGACUUGGUAAGACUACUUGAUUUUUCAAUAUUCUCUUCAAUUGUGAGCAUGCGAUUCCUUUGGUUUUCUCCUUAAGAUUUCUUUCCCAGAAAACCAUCCUUAUGACAAAGGGAAAAUAUAAAGAUGACAGAAAAACAAAAUCAGUAGAACUAGUCAAUAUUGAAAAAAACUAUGACGUUUAAUGCAAUGUUCCAGACACACAACACCCUACCAUCUCAGUUCUUCUUUAAAGGGUUGAUGAGAUUUCUUCUUUGUUUCAUCAUUAUAAUUUCACAACAUUCAGUUUUGAUAGUUUUGUAAUUGUUAUUUCUA